AUGCCUUCGAAUUCAUUAGAAGCACGAAGACGCGAUCGUCGUCGUCGUCGUCGUCCUCGAGAAUCCGUAGAAAGUUUACUGUCUGAAGAAAUUGAAACAAUAAAUCUUAAUAAUAUACCAUCAUCAGCGAAUAUAGAUAAUUUAACAAUAAUUCCAAGUGAAAAUUUUUCGUCUGAAGAAAUUGAAACUGUAGAUCUUGAUGAAAUACCAUUAUCAGCAAAUACAAAUAAUACAACAACAAUUGUUAUUCCGUCAUCAGUAGAGGAAGAGGAAACUGAAUAUGAAUCAGCAUUAGCAAAAAUUAUUGAAAGAAAACGACGAAAAGAUUGGGCUAAAUUUGUUGCACCUGUAGAAGAAGAUCAAAUAAAAGCGAAAAAAGAAUCAUUGGUAACAAAAUUAAAAAAUUUGUUUUCAAAAAUUCCGUCACCAAUUGAAUUUUUACUUGAUCAUAUUGAACAUCAUCAUGGUUAUACAAUACGUUCUUAUUUUCAAUUUGUUGUUUGGUUAUUUUAUUUAAAUAUUUUUACUUUUAUUAUUUGUUUUUUAUGUAUUGUACUGCCAACAUUUAUCUAUCCAAAUCCAAAAGAUUUUUCUACAUAUGCUAUGAAUCAAUAUUAUCAAAUAAAUAGUAUUUCAAUCCACAAUCAAUCUACUGAACAAUGUACUUUAAAUGAUCCACAAUGUAAAAUUCUCAAUACACCAGCUACAAAUAAAAUCAAUGAUUCAAAUGAAACAUGUUUAAGUGAUUCAUUUUUGGCCAGUAGUUGUUGUUCAUUACAUACGGAAGCAUUUUUUCUUAAUUCAUCAAGUGAAAGUGAAAAUGAUCAAAUAAAAUUCUUGAGUGAUCUUAUCUCUGGAACAGGAUUUUUUACUCUUAAUCGAUUAUUUAUUGGUUAUUAUCGAAAUUUAACAAAAUCCGAUACUGUAGAUUCAUAUUUUCAAACAUAUAAUAUGGGUUUAGCUGUUUUUUUGACAAUAUUUGCUUGUCUUUUGAUAACAGGCAUUAUUAUUAUACGAAAAUAUGGUGAUGGUAUGAAAAAAAGUUAUGUACAAGAUGAAUCAUUUGAAAAUAAUGUUUUUCAAUAUGUAUUUGCUCGAUGGAGUUAUUCUACAACUAAGACAUCAGUUGCUCGUCGAUAUGAACAUCGUUUUAAAAGUGAAAUCAAAAGUAUUUUAUUAGAACGUAAUGAUAAAAUAAAUUUUAAAUUUAAUCGACCAAUUGAUAAAAUUUUAUUUCAAAUUCAACGUAUAAUUGUUUGGAUUGUUACAUUGAUUAUAUUUGCUGGUGCAAUAGCUGCCGUCUAUUUUACUAAUCGAUUUAGUUUUCAAGAAAGAGCAAAAGAAGAAAUGGACGAUGGUGCAAGUCAAAGAAAUAAUCUUGCAGAGUUAGCUAUUGAAUAUUUACCUUCAACAGUAGUUUCUCUACUGAAUUUAGUAUCACAAUUAAUAUUUGCUUAUAUGAGAAAUUUCAAGUUAUAUACACAUGCAACUGCUGUUCGUCAUUAUUUAAUUCGAGUUAUCAUUAUGCGGUUACUUUUACUGUUUACUUUUGUAUUUAUUGUUAUUCUACAAAUAACAUGUAAUAGUAAUCAAUGUGGAAGACAAUCAAAAAUUAUUAAUUGUGUAGAAAUUCCAGGAGAAGCAACUUUUAUACAUUGUUGGGAAACUUUAAUAGGUCAAGCUAUUUAUCGACUUAUUAUUACUGAUACUGUUGUUAUGGUAAUUAUUCAUCUUAUUGUCGAUCCAUUACGAAGUCUAUUGACAUGUUGCUGUUCAUCAAAAUCAGUAGUAGAACAACAAUAUGAAACUAUAAAUGCAACUCCAGAACCACCUGAAGUAUUCUGUUUGUGGAAGCCGUUACAAUUUGAACUAGAAGAUUAUGUAUUAGACUUGACUUAUACUCAAACAUUGUGUUGGCAUGGUUUAAUUUUCUGUCCAUUUUUACCAUUGAUUGCAGCAGCUAAAAAUAUACUUAUCUUUGCUGUUAAAUGGUUAAGUUUGGCUUUCUUUCGAAAAAGAUCACAAUUAGAAUUGAGUCCUGCUCGAGCUCGUCAUAUAUUUACAGCUGUUCUUCUGUUUUCUUUUAUAUGGGCUUUGCUACCAAUUAGUUUUCUUGCUACAUCACUUCGGCCAUCACGUGGUUGUGGACCAUUUCGUUUAUAUAGUCAUGAACCUGAAUAUUAUAUGUAUUAUUCAGUUCGUAAUAUUGUUACACAAAUUCAAAAUGAAAUUUUAGUCAACAUUAUACUUAAAAUUACUAGUGCUGUGGUCAUUAUUCCAUUAGUUUUAAUUUUAAUCUUAUUUUCUUGUAUUUUAACCAUUCGGCGUAAUAGUUAUCGAGGAGCAUCCUUGGAACUUUAUAAAUUAUUAUAUACGUCACAUAAAGUACAUCAACUAGCUGUAAAAAAUGCGCCCGUUGCAACAACAUAUCUCUAA